AUGGAAGAAGCCAACCUCACCCGCUUCCAGCCUGCUUCCUUCCACCUCACUGGCUUCCCAGGCCUGGAGCCUUUCCACGCUUGGAUCUCCAUCCCUUUCUGCGCGUUGUACUUCACCUCCAUUCUGGGGAACUGCACCAUCCUCCUCAUUGUUGCGCAGGACCGGCGCCUGCACGAGCCCAUGUAUUUUUUCCUGUGCAUGCUGUCCUUGAAUGACUUGGGGGUCUCCCUCUCCACCCUUCCCACCGUGCUGGCCAUCUUCUGCUUUGGCCUCAGGGACGUGGCCUUUGAUGCUUGCCUGGCUCAGAUGUUCUUCAUCCAUUCUUUCUCCUUCAUGGAAUCCGGGAUCCUGCUGGCCAUGUCUUUUGAUCGCUUUGUGGCCAUCUGCAAACCCCUCCGCUACUCGUCUACAUUAACCAACCCUCGGAUCGCAAGGAUCGGCCUGGCCAUCGUCCUGAAGAGCACCGUCAUGCUCUUCCCCUUCCCGUUCCUCAUCAAGCGCCUGCCCAUCUGCCAGUCCAACGUCCUCUCCCACGCAUACUGCCUCCACCCAGACAUGAUGCGGCUGGCCUGCGCAGACAUCACGGUCAACAACAUCUAUGGAUUCUUCGUGGUUCUCUUCACCUACGGCCUGGACUCCACGUUCAUCAUUGUGUCCUACAUCCUGAUCCUCAAGGCCGUCUUGAACAUUGCAUCCCGGGAGCAGCGCCGGAAGGCCCUCAACACCUGCGUCUCCCACAUUUGCGCUGUCUUGACCUUCUACGUCCCCAUCAUUGCUGUCUCUAUGCUGCACAGGUUUGGAAAAAAUGCCCCUCACGUUGUACACAUCAUGAUGUCCAACGUUUACCUUUUCGUCCCUCCGUUGCUGAACCCCAUCAUUUACAGUGUCAAGACCAAGGAGAUCCGUAAGGGAAUCCUUAGGAUUUUGGCAUGA